AUGAAGAUGAGUCCAAUGCGAGCGAAUUCACUAGGGAGCAUCUUCAUCUCUGUGGCUGCCGCGUUCGCGGUGAUGGCCGCGGUGGUGAUCCCCGCCGCGGAAGGGUGGAGCGCCAUGUCCCCCGAUCCCUGCUCGUCCACCAACUCGACCCUCUUCGACUUCCAGCCCUACAACGACGACUUUGGCUACCUGGGUCCGGACUGGGCGACCUGCGUGGGAAACGCCUACACGGGGCUCACCAAAGUCUACAGCUUUGGGUACUACCUGCGCCUGGGCAUCGCCUACCCCGUGUACCCGAUCUACGCCCACAUCAUCGACCCGACCGCCUCCCCCCGGGUCAUCGCCGAGGUGCUCGUCGGCGACUACACGGUGCUGGGCAGCUCGCCCACCAACAACGUGUUCCACAUGCCGGUCUUCCCCGAUCCACCCACGCUGGACCCGGCCAAGACCUACUACCUGGUCUUCUGCGCCAACGGCUCGCACCCGGUGUCGGGGUUCGGCGCCAGUUGGUACGUGCCCUCGACCAACGCCCUGGCCAAUGGGGUGAUGUGCAACACGGGGCGCUUGUGCGCCACCUCGGGCACGUUCAACACCAUCAACUGGGCCUUCACCAUGCAGAUCAACUACACCUGCACACCGCCCAGCCCUUCUCCGACGCCCUCGCGCACCGCUUCGCCGACUGUCACGCCCUCCAUCACGCCCACCACCACGCCCACCAACUCGCCGACGCCGUCGAUCUCGACGAGCCCGACCACUACUCCCACAAACUCCCCCAGCCAGUCGCCGACCUCCUCUGUCACGCCCACGCAGACGCCGUCGCCCACCAACUCGCCCACCAACUCGCCGACGAAUUCGCCGACGAGUUCCCCCACCUCCACACCGAGCCCGACCAACUCGCCCACCUCGUCGCCCACAAGCACGCCGACCACCACGCCGACCACCACUCCCACACCUAACGCCCACCAGCACGCCGUCGAACUCCCAGUCGCCCACCCAGUCGCCCACCAUUCCCGAACGCCCACGUCGAGUCCCACCACAUCGGUCACGCCCAGCGCGUCUCCCCUCUACCUCGAGUCGGAGCCCUCCGACGAGGUGACGGUUCCCGUGCUGCAGUUCACUCUCGGUAGUUCCGAGGUGGUCAUCGUGCCCAAAGACGACCAGGGAAACGUGCAGAGUGACACGACAGUGAGCGUGAGCCUGGCACAGAUGCUCGAGCUUACCGACGAGGACAUCGUCGUCGUGAUCGGCGCCGUCAGCGAUGGGUCGUGGUCGCAGGUUGUCGACAACGACCUGGGCGCCUCCGCGUCGUACCUGUUCUCCGCCGGGAUCGACACCACCACCGCGCUGGGCGUCAACAUUCCCAACGAGGCCCGCAUCGAGCUCCAGUACUACAUGUUCAACUCGGAGACGCAGCUUUCGGUGGGCAACGUGGCCUUCAAUGCGCUGCCGUCGUUCGCCAAGUUCACCAUCCGCAUCUUUGACUGGCCGUGGCGCUCGUCGCCGGAAGACCACAGGAUCGAGUUUCACAUGAAGAUCGACCCGCCCUUCACGAGCUUCGUGGAGCAGACCAACACGCCCAACGUGACCACCUACGUGCUCGCGGGCCAGUACCCUGCCGUCGCGGGCCAGCCCAACACGACGUCGGCGCUGCGGCUGCUCAACACGGUCGAGAUCGACGGCGAGCAGGUGGAGUCUGGCGUGAGCUUCCUGAUGAACACCGAUUCCUCGGAGCUGAUGCUCUACUUCAACUACUUUGAGUCGACACUGGUCUACGAUCCCGAUGUGGGCGUGCAAGUGCCCAGCACGGGCAGGCGCGGUGGCGAGGACAUCGUGCUCAUCGUCUGCUUGACCGUAAUUUUGCCCAUCUUUGCCUUGUUCGCCUUCAUCUCGCUGCUGCUCGUGGGCGUGGCCCUCGUCAAGCAGCGCGGCCGAGAAAACGCGACCCGCAAAGCCACCUUGCCCAUGCACGACCUCUAA